UCAAUUCAGUACACUUGCUGCAUGCGCGAACUCCUUCUAGGCCAAAUGCGCGGGUUGUGACCUCUACUUGCACUUUGUCGCACGCUCGCGUUUUUCUGCUGCAACCAUUUGCUGACUUAAAUCGCAGUAAUUAUAGGAUCAUAUUUGUAGUGAGGAGGCCUAAAAAUGGGCAAAGGAUUUCGACUUAGCUCGCUAAGCGCUUAUGUUAAGCCGGAGGCGCACCUAGUGAACCAGACAAUUCACGGGGCUCUGGUGACGCUAUGUGGAGUAUUGCUCGCAACGUUACUUACGCUCCACGAGAUAAAAUCGUUCUAUCAAAUGCACCGGGUCACAGUGUUGUCCGUGGACCUGGCACGGCGACACGCGCUCACCAUCAAUCUGGACAUCACGUUCCCAUCAGUGCCUUGCGCGGUGCUGUCCAUCGACGUGCUGGACAUCUCGGGCACGGCGGAGAACGACGCCUCUUUCGCGCACCACAUGCGCGUGCACAAGAUGCGCCUGGACAAGGCCGGCAACCAGAUCGGCAAGGCGGAGUACCACACGCCGCAGAGCCAGCAGAUCAUGGACACGGGCGGUGAGCAGCUGGUGUCGGUCAACAUCCAGGAGGCCAUGCAGCACCUGGUGGACAUGGAGGACGAGGCGGACCACCACGAGGGCUGCCACGUGUACGGCACCAUGGAGGUUAAGCGGGUGGCGGGCCGGCUGCACCUGUCCGUGCACCAGAACAUGGUGUUCCAGAUGCUGCCGCAGCUGCUGGGCACGCACCACAUACCCAAGAUUCUCAACAUGAGCCACGUGAUUAAGCACCUGGGCUUUGGCCCGCACUACCCCGGCCAGCUCAACCCGCUGGACGGGUACGUGCGCAUGGUUGGCCGCGAGCCGUUCAGCUACAAGUACUUCCUCAAGGUGGUGCCCACGGAGUACUACAACCGGCUGGGCCGCGCCACCGAGACGCACCAGUACUCGGUGACUGAGUACGCGCAGCCGCUGCAGCGCGGCUACGCGCCGGCGGUGGACGUGCACUACGACCUGUCGCCCAUCGUCAUGACCAUUAACGAGCGGCCGCCCUCGCUGCUGCACUUCGUGGUGCGCCUGUGCGCCGUGGUGGGGGGCGUGUUCGCCAUCACGCGCCUGACGGACCGCUGGGUGGACUGGCUGGUGCGGCUGGUGAACAAGGCCGCCGCGCGGGGGCCGUGAGCAGGGGCCGCUGCAGGACUGCAAGAGCAGGAGCAGGCGCGGCUUUACAAGGAGGAGGGGAGGAGCCACAGUACCCGGGGAAGGAGCAGCAGCAGCGCCAUGGACUUGUGACAGAUUAGGCGGGAUGAGGUGGGGAUGAGGUGGAGGUGACGUGGAUUUGUAUGGCGGCAGGACUGAUACGGGAGGACUGGUUCAUUCAUUCGAGGUGGCUGCUGGUGGCAGGUGAUGACCUGCAAGCUGGAGGAGGUUUGAUGACGGGUAGGUGUGCUAUGAAGGCGAGGGCAGUUCCUGGGAGAACUGAUAGUCUGAUAACAAACGAAUGUGGCUGUGUUCGAGAAGUGUGUGGAAAGCAGGUGGGCACGUGUGGGCGACGUGGCGUGGGCUCAGCCCACUUUAUCAACUUUGUCAACUGAUCCAUCGAUUCAGCGGAGUGCGCCCUUGAGGGGCGACUCAACUAUAUGCACUGGAACACGGCCCAAAGGGAUUCUAGUGGAUUUUACCAGCGCGCUCUUAGCCGAGCUCCGCUGAUUCGCAGGGCAACGUUGACAACACGAACUAUACUGGAUAACGAAGUGGUGCGGCGUAAAGCUGAAGCCGACUUUUGCGACCAAAUGGGGGACUCGCUCUCGCGAGGGGUAGACACGCGGCGCGUUCCACAGGGGGGCUGGGUGAGUGGGUGCGUCGCUGGGGUGUGGCUGGGUAGCGGACGAGCGCUACAGAGGCGCUAGGGAUGCCCUCAAGGGCUCAAGAGA